UAAGAUGGACAGAGAGAAAGAGGGAGAGUGAGGAGUAAGAGAGAGAGAGAAGGAGAUUUACAUAUAGGUACAGCCGCAGACACGACAAGGCAAAGGAAAAGAGAGAGAAGCGAGGGCUGAAAAGAAAGAGGGAGGAGAGAGGUGGAUAGAGGGGGAGAGAGAGAGAGCAAGGGCUGCGUUGUGUGUUCUGGAAAGCGGGAGAAGGAGAAGGCAAGCAUAGCUGCAGUGUGGAAAAGAGAGAGAGGGAGAGGGAGCCUGACUAGGAACUUGACCGGAUUUCCCCCCAGCGAGUGGCCGGACGUGGGCAGAGGACUGGAGGGUGCCCUGCAAAUACUACUACGUCUUCUGCGUGCAUGUGUAUGUGUGUCGCCCUCGUAGGGGCAGGCGGGCUGAGGCGACUGGCAGGCGCGUGUGCGCGUGCCAGAGUGCGAGCAUGUGUACGUGUGCGUGAGCGCGAGUGUGUGCGUGUCGUGCGCGGCCGUGUGCGUGUAUGUGUGUCUUUCUCGUCGCGGCGGUUGGUGAAGCAUUGCCCGGUAUAUGGAUAGGAGCUCACUGUUUCAGCUCAUUCAGGAGCAGCUGGACCCUGAGCAGACUGGUUUCAUUGCGGUGGAGAACUUCACCAGUCUGGCCGAGCAGCAUGAGCUGCAGCUGGACCCCUCAAAGCUGGACUUGCUGCUGGCCCUUGUCCAGAGUGACCAGCACGGCCAAGUCUGCUACCAGGAGCUCAUCGAGCUGCUAAGCAGCAAGCGCUCCAGCAGUUUCCGCCGUGCCAUUGCCAAUGGGCGUCGCACACUGCAGCGAGAGAUCCUAUUGGACGAAACAGGCCUGGGCGUGUACAAACGCUUUGUGCGAUACGUGGCAUACGAGAUUCUGCCCUGCGAGACAGACAGACGCUGGUACUUCCAUCAGAGCAGGCUCUGCCCACCGCCAGUCUUCAUGGCCAUCAUCACCAUUGUGCAGAUUGUGGUGUUUAUGUGUUAUGGAGUAAGGCUCAACAAGUGGGUUCUGCAGACAUAUCAGCCAGACUUCAUGAAGAGCCCACUGGUGUAUCACCCAGGUCAUCGAGCCCAAGUCUGGAGAUUCUUCAGCUACAUGUUUAUGCAUGUUGGCCUGGAGCAGUUGGGUUUUAAUGCGCUUCUCCAGUUGAUGAUUGGGGUUCCUUUGGAGAUGGUGCAUGGAAUCCUGAGAAUCAGUCUUCUGUACAUGGCAGGAGUUGUAGCAGGUUCUCUGACGGUCUCUAUUACUGAUAUGCGAGCUCCGGUGGUUGGUGGGUCUGGAGGAGUCUAUGCCCUCUGCUCUGCGCAUCUCGCCAAUGUUGUCAUGAACUGGGCCGGUAUGAAGUGUCCGUACAAACUGCUGCGGAUGAUCCUCGCACUGGUCUGCAUGAGUUCAGAGGUAGGCCGGGCAGUGUGGCUUCGGUUCUCACCCCCGCUGCCAUCAUCUGGACCUCAGCCAAGCUUCAUGGCCCACCUAUCAGGGGCAGUGGUGGGCAUCAGCAUGGGCCUGCUGAUCCUGCGCAGCUAUGAGGAAUCCCUCCACAAGCAGUGCUCCUGGUGGGUCCUUGUCUUUUCCUUCAUCACCUUCCUCCUCUUUGCCAUCUUUUGGAACAUCUUUGCAUAUGAGCUGCUGGGUGUUCAGAUCCCACCACCACCCUGAUGACACGCCCCCAUCCAACCCCAGUGCCCCUCUUCAGCUCUGAAUACACAGCUUCAUUCUCCCUAUGGCUGUGGAUGGCCAGAUUAUUUUGCCUGCCACACCCUCCUUUAGUUACAGCUCUGCCCAGUUCUCCUCUACUCGACCAGUGGACCAGAGGAGGUUGAAUAUAGUGACAGCAAAUACAGAAAUUCUCAGAAAUUCUGAGGUGAUAUUACUAACUCACACAUCUUACUUUAUUAAUGCGUUCUCGACUGACCACAUCUAAGCCUAAAGUGGAAGACAAGACUGAACGUUCAAUAUAACUCAAUACGGUACAGAACAGUUUUAUUUUUUCCUUUUAUUGCCAGGUCUCUAAUAGAGUCCUAUUCACUUUGUUUUUCUCUACUAUUAUUUUACAGUUUCUAUUUCAUGUUUCCAAAAUAGAAAAACAAUGAUUUCAAAUGGUGCAUUAUUAUAAUUAUCUCUGUUGGGUCCUCCUCUGUUCUGUGACUAUGGAAAGCUGAAUGAAAGCAUAGUCCAACGUGUCUGCCAGCCCUCUUCUAAACACCACUACAGCUAAGAGGGUGGAUCUUGUCCUUUCAUGACCCUUUUCACUGCGUGUGUGGAAGGGUCAAAAGGUCAAGUAUGCGGCGCCAUUAGCUUGGACAGAGGCCACUGAAACCGGACCACACUUGUGCCAUGGUGACCGUUGCCUUGGCUACCGCUGUCUAGUUGCUAUGGUAACCAUUGUUAAGGUGUGAGAUUUACACACCCAUCUCCCACUGCCCACCCAGCCCAAUGGAAACAGUGGUCAAAGGAACCGAUAUUUUACGGUGACAUCGGAGUUGAGAAAUUUCAGCACUGACGUUUCCAGUUUUCAAUUUCUUUCAAAGAAGAUCUACCUUCAAAAGACACUAAAAUGGGCAUUUUCUCUCUAAGGUUGCCAGAUAUGUGAAAAUACCUCCCCUGUGUGAAGAUUUCUGAUGGUAGUGUCCUCAUGACUCACUGCCAAUCAGAGUAAGUUGGUUGAAAAUUCUGCAGUGCCAAGUUACCAUUCGUCAAGCUGCUAUGUCAAAUUGUACAUUUAAUAUUGAAUAUCUUUAUUUUUAUUUAUGUUCCUAAAGCUUUGCUGUGGGAGGAGUGUUGUAUGAGACUGUGUCAAUAGGGACUUGGGGAGGGGGGGGGGGUUGGGCUGACUUAGAAACUUGGAAUCUUUCCUGAAAAGCACGACGGUGUUUCCGACUGAUAUGUGUAUUGUUGUGAAUUUUCGUGCCAUAUAUUUAUAUUUGUACUUAUAUUUAUUCAGAUCAUUGUUCUGUGCUUGCGGCUUCUGGAAGCUGAUCCCAUUGAACUGAGUGAUGAUGAUGCGAAACUUACUUUGAAACAAUAUCAAUGCCUCAAAAACACACAUACUCUCUACUAUGGGUGAAUCAAUUGCAAUGAACGUUGGUGCAUAUCUGAUCCAUCCAGCUAUGUUCCAAUUGAAAGAAACUGCCUUAAACCCUCUCUCCUAUUCACACACAUACAGAAUACAUAAAAAGUCUUGUCCAAAACAGAAAUUCAGGAUCAAAAUAAUUGAAAAAUGAAACUGAAAACCAAUAACCAAAGUUCACAAAUAACAGUUUAAAUAAUAACUAAUGUACUUAUUAUAGUAUGUAGGAUACAGUUCCUAUGAAAUCCAACGUGCUCAACAACAGAGAAUGGUUGAUCAAAUCAGCUGCUCCAAAGCAAUGAAUUACAUUAUUUUUUAGGUUCUAUCAUUUAGGUAAUUUCAUUUUUGAAAUUUGUCAUUUCAAUUUUGUCUGUCAUUUCAAAAACUCUUUUUAUAGAUGGUGCCGUGCUAGCAGGGACUUUCCUUUUUGCACCUUUGUUUUACUGUAUUCUGUGUAUCAGGGAGGAUACUGAGAAUCAAACCUGUAGUGGUGAAGUUUUUGGAUGUUCUAUCCCCUCUUGAUACUCACCAUGAAUAGAAAUUAUAGAUUGCUUUUCCAAUGUCCUACCUUGAAAUCGUGAAAUGGUCCCACAUUUCUGGCAUUUUCACUGUUGAUCUGCUGCUCAGACUGUUUGAAUACUGUUUUAAUCACUAUUUCUCAUUUUAAUAACCAAAUUAUUUAUUAAUUCUUAUUUACUGUUUUUUAGUCUUGAAAUUUUCAAUUUUUUUGGGCUGGAAACUAAAAGUGCCAUUUUUGGUCAGAAAUUUUUGUUGGCCAAAAAUUCUGUGCAUACUUAAUGCACGAUUCCUAUUAUAAGUUAUAUUCACUGAACAAGGAGAGGUGCAGAAAGAUAAACAGGUACCUCAGUAAGCACAAACUUGCAAUGUCCUCAUAGUGCACUUGUGUACAGUUGGCCGUGAAUAGUUAAAGCAAAUGUUUUUUUUGUUUCAUUUCAGUCUCUUGAUCAAAAAUUUCCUUUUUGUACUGUGCUGUGUUUUGGAGAGAAGUAUGGUAUUAGGGAGGGUCUCUGAGCUAAUUUGUGCUCGUUGGGGGGUGGAUUAUAGUGUUAGCUAAUAUUAUUUUCUCCACCCUCUGGUGAAUGGUGAGGCAAUCAAAAUGCCUUUAGAGGUGAGGAAUAGUCACUACACUUUGAUCAAAGAUUACUGAAUAAAAUUAUAUAUGAUAAACUAUGCUUAUAAUGACCUGGGAGAUUAAUUUAAAAGGUAUUCAAAAAGGUAUUUUAAUUUCAGGUUGACUUUAAGCAAACUAAAAUGUAUAAAUUAAGCCAUUUAGUUGCUAGUCUGGUUUUCAACAGUGUAAUUAGACUAGUUGAACUGCUUGGGUUACAGUAUAAAUAAAUAUCCUGUAAAAACACAGUAAAAAAUCUGGCAGCAAAAAAAUUGCUAGUGUAGUUUGUACUUUCUUGUUCAUAAAAACUGGAAUCAGAAAUGAUCAUGAAAAAGGCCAUUUCUACAGGUUUAUAUCACAUGUAUGUUGAAUCAUGUUGGAUUUGCUCAGUGUUCGUUGCAGUUGAUCGCUGGAUUAGAGAAACUGAAUGAUUUUAAGGUUUCUGGAUGCUCGCGUGAUUUGCUCAAAUGCAUUGUAUUGGAUUAUGUGUGUGUCUUUGUGGGCUCUCAGAGGACAGCUAGAGGAAAAAAGCAUCAAAGAGGAAGAAAGCAGAUAAAACUUAAAUAUGUAGAAGAAUGCACAGAUAAGGGCAUCUGAAAUUGAGGAGAGAUGGGAGGUGAAAAGGAAACGAUUUCUAAACAUGCUUUAAUCAUACAUAAGAGAAACUAGUGUAGCUUGUUAGACUGUUACAUUCAGUGUGUGAAUGUGUAAUGUGUAUGUGACUGUUUCUUAAAGCAGUGAUUCUCACACUGGUCCUAAGGACCCCCCAGACAGCCCACAUUGUUGCUCAGUUCUUGUAUAUUGCCAGUUGGGAUUAAGCAAAAAUGUGGAAGGUCUGGGGUCCCCGAAGACCAGUUUUGAGAAGUUUUAAAGGAGUAGUUUGGCGAAAAAUCAAAAGGUACAUAUUUUUCCUUUACCCAAAUUAUCAGUCAGCCAAGACAUGUUUGGUGUCUGAAGUUUGCUUCUUUAGUUUUGUCCUGGAGCUGCAAGGCUAAUGUGGCUAACAAGCAUAUUAUACCUAUACAUAGAUUCAUAGAGCGUCACCGACCACAUACGUGAGUCUAUGUGAGAUUUAUUAAAGGAACCUAAAUCUAGGUUAAUCUUGUUCUUGCAGGCAAACAGUAAACAUGUAGCUACUAAGUAUACCCUUGGAACAAUGGUCUGUUGACCAGUAAAUGUCGAUAUAUUUCCCCAUAUUUCUCUCCUCUCGAUGUAAACUGGGCAGUCCUAAUCUUGGCUAACACGUCCAUAAGAAUUCCCCUGACCAAUCACAAGAUUGAUGUUUCUUGCCCCGCCCACACAAAACAUUCAGAGAAAUUUAGCAAGUUAAAGCUAACCAUGUAUAACCUAAAGCUAGCAAGCUGAAGGACCUGUCUGUAGCUGCCUGUAGUUGCCUGUCGCCCUUUCAUUCGUUCAUCCGUGCAUCAACAUUGUUCGUUUGACCGUUUCUUCAGUCAUUGCUUCAUCCGUCCGUUAGUUUAUCCAUCUGUCCAUCACAAAAGCUGGAUGAUUUUAGUUCUGUAUGAGUGGCAGAGUAGGCUAGGAGUUUUGGACAGAGAGCUGUCCAUCAAACUCCUCCUUAGCCACGCCCAUAAAGUUAUCAGCUAGGGCUGGUCAGUGUUUUUAAGCCUUUUUAAGUUUUUUAUAAUAUUUAUAUGUUAUUGUUUUCAUUUUCCCCGUGACCCUGACGGAGAAGUGGCUUUGAAAAUGGAUGGAUGGAUGGAUGUUUUCCUUUUUUAAAUAUAUUUUACACUGUGUUGCCUGGGACUUUUAACAGCUUGACGUGGUGUGACUUGAGAGUGAUGAUUUACCCUUGCUGUGUUUGCACAAUGCUAAUUGGCUAUGUUAGUCUUAUAGGCUCAGGGCAAAACUUUAGACAAAAAAAUGGAGAGCAAAUCUUGGCUGAUCAGGUACAUUUGGCCAAACACGACCUCAUAACAAGAACGUCUGGGGACAGCCAUGAGAAAUUGUGGGUUAAAUAUGUGUGGGAAGGUAGACUUACAGAACAAGUGUCACAUUUCUAAACAAGCGCAAUGUGUCAUGAAGGGACCAUGGAAUUUGGGGUUAGAUUUUAGAGGGUUGCACCCUUGUUUGCUGCAAUCCGACACAAGAAGUUAGCCCAAGUUGGUCCCAUGAGACCAGAGGCAGGGCUGAUUCUGAUAUGUUGGCCGUAAGUAACAUCAUCCCAACCAUCCCAAUAUAUUUAUUCUCUUAAUAUAUAUAUAUAUA